AUGCACAUCAAGGCGAGUGCGGCUCAGAAGCCUGAAGGUACACUCCUCUCCCUCGCCCCGCUCUCAUCGCACGCGUCGCAACUCGCCUCGCGCAAGGGACAUUGCACGGCACACGGCGCACGGACAGUGCUGGGCUGCACGCAGGAGCUUCUUGGGACUGACUCAGAUGCUGCUGCCACGCCCGCGCAGAUCCAGGGCUUCAAGUCGUACCGCGACGAGACGGUCGUCGACCCGUUCUCUUCGGGUCUGAACCUGCUCGUUGGCCGAAACGGCUCGGGCAAGUCCAACUUCUUCUCCGCCAUCCGGUUCGUCCUCUCGGAUGCGUACACCUCGCUCUCGCGUGAGGAGCGGCAGGCGUUGCUGCACGAGGGAGGUGGUGGAGCGGGCGGAGCUACCAUGAGCGCGUUCGUCGAGAUCGAGUUCGAUAACUCGGAUGGGCGGUUUCCGACCAACAAGCCGUCGCUGCUGCUCCGACGAACGAUCGGCCUGAAGAAGGACGAGUACCAGCUCGACCGCAAGUCAACCUCGAAGGGAGAGGUCAUGUCGCUCCUCGAGUCGGCGGGCUUCUCUCGCUCCAAUCCCUACUACAUUGUCCCUCAGGGUCGAAUCACCCACUUGACGAACCAGAAGGAUUCGGACCGAUUGCUGCUGCUGAAGGAGGUCGCGGGAACGAAAGUGUACGAGGACAGACGAGCAGAGUCGAUCAAAAUUAUGGACGAGACGAACGCCAAGCGCGACAAGAUCAAAGACUUGCUCGCCUACAUCCAGGAGCGUCUCGGCGAGCUUGAGGAAGAGAAGGAGGAGCUGAAGCAGUUCCAGACGCACGACCGCGCUCGUCGCUCGCUCGAGUACUGCAUCUACCAGCGCGAGCUCAAAGAUGUCGGAGACGCGCUCGACCAGAUUGAGGAGGAGCGAAGGCGGGAUGUCGACAAUGCGAACUCGAAGCGUGAGGAGUUUGUUGCGAGGGAGAAAGAGCUCUCGAACAUCCACUCCCGCCUCUCUGCCCUCCGCGAAACUCUCUCCGCCCUCGCCACCGAACACUCCGACCUGUCCACCGAACGCCGCGACCUGACCAAGCUGCGCACGCAAGUCGACUGCCUCGUUCGCGACGCCGAGGACGCCUCUCGCUCUUCCGCCGAGCGCAAAGCCGAACUCGAAGACGAGCUCGAGCGCGUCGAGAAGGAGUGCUCGGAGAAGGAGAACGAGCUUGAGCGCGAGGCGCGGCCGGAGUGGGAGACGAAGCGUGAUGAGGAGGAGGCGGGCAAGGAGGAGCUCGAAGGAUUGCAGGUCGCGCUUCGUGGCUUGUAUGCGAAGCAGGCGCGUCGCGGACAGUUUCGCUCGAAGCAGGAGCGCGACGCGCAUCUCGAUGGACUGGUCAAGCGCAACGAGGAGGUGUUGCAGACGAGGAAGAGGCGGGAGGCGGCGCUCGUGCGCGAACGAGAGGAGACGGAGAAGGAGCUCGCGGAUGUGCAGGGCAGGCGCAAGGAGAUGAGGCAGGAGGUCGACAGCCGCAAGGAUCGGACGAGGGAGGUGCAGGACGAGAUCAGCCGUCUCAAGGAGCAGUUCGUCGAAAAGAACGAGCAGCGGAAAGACCUGUGGAAGUCCGAGUCGAAGCUCGACGCGCAGUCCCGUCACGCGCACGAGCAGCUUAAGGGCGCCGAGCGCACAAUCUCGACGACCAUGGACCGCGACACGGCGAACGGCUUGCGCGCUGCGAGGGCGAUUGCCGAAGAGCUCGGCUUGGAUGGCUUCUACGGCCCACUCUAUGAGCUCUUCGAGGUGGAGGAGCGGUACAAGACUGCCGUCGAGGUGACUGCGGGGACCAGUCUGUUCCAGAUCGUCGUCGACAACGACGAUACGGCAACGCGCAUCCUCGACCGCAUGGUGCAGGACAAGAGCGGUCGCGUCACAUUCAUGCCGCUCAACCGCCUUCGCGUCCACAACGUCGAGUACCCGAAGUCGAAUGAGGCUAUUCCGAUGAUCAACAAGCUCAAGUUCAGCGAGGACUUCCGUCCGGCGUUCAAGCAGGUCUUUGGCCGAACGAUCAUCUGCCAGACGCUCGAGAUCGCCGGCGCCUACACCCGCUCGCACGGUCUCAACGCCAUCACGCUCGACGGCGACAAGUACGACCGCAAGGGCUCGCUGACGGGAGGCUACCACGACGUUCGCCGCUCCCGCCUCGAUGCGGUCAAGCAGCUCAAGGCUGCGCAGAAGAAGGACGAGGAGCUCUCCAGCCAGCGCAACGAGAUCAAGACGACUCUCGUCCGCCUCGAGCAGGAGAUCACGCAGCUCGUCGGCAAGAUUAAGGUUGCCGAGGGCAGCCUCACCCGGUUGCGCGAUGAGCAUGCGCCAUUCCUCGAGGCGACGAUGCAGGCGCAGGCCGAGGAGGACCGCCUCAAGACGAAGCUGGCGAAGCUCGACAUGCAGCUCGCCGAGCACCGAAGUAAUAUGCGCGGGCUCGAGAAGGAGUGCGAGAUGUGGAGGAAAGAGAUGGAGAGCGCUUUUGAGGGCGAGGAGGGCCUUUCUGCCGAGGAGGAGGACGAGAUGACGAGGUUGAGUGAGGAGGCGGAGAAGCGGAAGAAGGCGCUCGUUGAGCUGUCGAAGGAGGUGUCCAAGCUCGCUAGCCGCAAGGACCUUCUGACGAUCGAGCUGAACGAGAACCUUCGCCGCCGCCGCGAAGAUAUCCGCGCUCGCAUCGAUGCUCUCGACUCGGCCGCCGCCGGGCAGGACGCACAGAUCGGCGCAGGCGGUGCAGAAGAGUUGAAAGGGAGGAAGAACGAGCUCAAGAAGCUCGACAAGCAGAUCGACUCGCUCAACGGCCGUCUCGGCGAAAUCGAGGAGGAGACGGACAAGGUCAACAAGGAGAUCGCCGACCUCGAGAAGGAGAAGGAGAAGCGCGACACGCAGCAGGCAGACGACCAGCGUGGCAUUGCUCGUCAGCAGAAGAACGUCGAGCGUUACCUCGCGAAGCGCCAGGUGCUUCUCCAGCGCAAGGACGAGUGCAACAAGAACAUCCGCGAUCUCGGUGUUUUGCCGGAGGAGGCUUUUGCUGAGACGACUGCCUCGUCGGAAAAGCUGCUCAAGAAGCUUCGCAAGGUGAACGAGGCGCUCAAGGGCUUCGCGCAUGUCAAUAAGAAGGCCUACGAGCAGUACACCUCGUUCACCAAGCAGCGUGACGAGCUGCUCGCCCGCCAGAAGGAGCUCGACGAGUCGCAAAAGUCGAUCACCGAGCUCAUCGACGUUCUCGACGCGAGGAAGGACGAAGCCAUCGAGCGAACGUUCAAGCAGGUCGCGAAGAACUUUGCCGAGGUGUUCGAGAAGUUGGUUCCGAGUGGCAGGGGCCGACUGAUCAUGCUCAAGCGCCAGCAGGAGAAGGACGACGACGAGAUGGACGUCGACGAGCCCGAAGAGGACGGAGGCGUCGAGAACUACACCGGCGUCGCCAUCCGCGUCUCGUUCAAGUCGAAGUCGAACGAGGGUCUCCGCCUGCAACAGCUGUCCGGCGGUCAGAAGGCGCUUGUUGCGCUUGCUCUCAUCUUCUCGAUCCAGAAGUGUGACCCGGCGCCCUUCUACCUCUUUGACGAAAUCGACGCGAACCUCGAUGCCGACCGUCGCACUGCCGUUGCCUCCAUGAUCGGCGAGCUUGCGCAAGAGGCGCAGUACAUCUGCACGACUUUCCGCGCCGAGCUCAUCCCGCACGCGGACGCCUACUUCGGCGUCGUCUUCAACCAGGCCAAGAUCUCAAACGUCAAGACCUUGACUGCCGACGAGUGCAGCACCUUCAUCGAGGCUGCCGAGCAACUUCGCGCCUAG